AUGAGCAUCGAGGCGGAGGAAGCGCCACUGCUGGUCGGUGGAAGCUCCUGCGGCUCUCCUCAACGCUCACGCACCGCCACAUCUCCACUGUCGGAUGAAGCCGCGCUAGAGAUGGAGCUGGGACGACUGCAGACUCAGUUGAACGAACAGGAUGGAGGCAGUAGACGAGCUGCUAAGACACGCACUAGAGUCAAUAAAGACCAGCGAUCAGAGAGCGGGGCGACUUCUGUAGUACGAACCAUCAAAACUGCGGAGAAGAUCUCGGUGGCGGCGGUGGUAGUGCAUCUGCUUAAGGGAAACAUCGGGCCAGGGGCAAUGUCGUUACCCAACGGCUUCUCCAAGACAGGCAUCUACGCAGGCCCCGUGCUCUUUGUCAUCGUGGCUCUUGUGUCGGUGUAUAAUAUGGACUUGCUGCUACGAUGCAAGCAGUUGGUGAGCCCGAAAGCUCCCAUGUCAUUUGGCGACGUGGGGCGGGAGAUUCUGGGCCCUAGAGGGAAACUUCUGAUCAACGUCUUUCUGGUCGCUACAAACAUCCACGUCGUGCUUCCCGGCAGUCUGCAGGAAGCCAUCAAUGAACGACAACUCAUAUUUGCUAUUUUCCCUGUAUUACUUAUGCUCUCCUGGGUACGCACACUGCGUCGUAUCACUCCGUUCUCGAGUCUCGCCAACUUGGCCGUGUUGUCGGGUAUCAUUAUUGUAUUCUACUACUCCAUUGACUACUGGAAACACCCCAAGACACCUCGAGAAUCGAGUCUGCUAGUGGAUUGGAGCAAGCUGCCUGAAUUCUACGGCACAGCUGUGUAUUCCUUUGAGGGAAUCGGCCUAGUGCUGCCUAUACAGAACGCAAUGGCCGAGCCUGAGCGGUUCCCUCGUGUACUAGCACUUUGUAUGGUAGCAAUCCUCGUGCUCUUCCUUUUUAUCGGCGAAGUGCCAACUAUCGCCUUCGGUCGGAUCGAUAAUGGCAGCAUGACAGCAGUGCUACACGAUUACUGCGAGGGAUGGCUAGUUACUAUGGCGAAUGUCGCGUUGGCUUUUGCGUGCACGCUCUCGUUUCCGAUUCAAUUCUACCCCGCUAUUGACGUUCUGGAGCGAAUGUUGCGGCAUACGUCUGUGAUGCGUCCUGCACCUCCAUCUGAACCUGUUCUAGUGACGCUGGAGGCACGGAGACGUCGCAAGGCUCGGAAGAAACAGCAACAUCGCUCGCUUCAUGGAGCUGAAGGUGGACUAGACUACGACCGCGACGAUCGCGAAGUAGUGCUGUCUACCAGCAGCCACAAUAGCCGUCCACCGUCGCUUUUUUCGCUGCAAACGAUGCGUCACUCGUUCUCUCCGAUGGCUUCUCCAGCCGCCGUCGCAGCUGCUUCCAAUUUGUCUUCAACGCGAUCAACAGCGAGCUGUUUGGAGCGAUUGGUGUGCAACUUGUCGCCGUACGAAUGCAACCGCACACUGUUCCGCUCCAUGCUGUGCACGAGCCUCAUGAUGGUCGCAGUCUGCGUGCCGGACGUGGGUCUUCUCAUCAGCCUCUUCGGCUCCGUGGGCUCAAGUAUGCUGGCGAUCGUGUUGCCUCCCGUUCUCUAUCUUGUGGCCAAGGGAUCGACACUGUCCUUACCCUCGCGCAUCUUCCAUUGGGGAAUUGUCGUCUUCGGUAUCGUUGGAAUGGUAGCUGGCUCAGUGCAGGCCAUGCGCCAGGUCAUCGACUCCUUCAACUGA